CAUUUUUACACAAUUUUUAGAUCAACUUUGUUUCUUUCCUUUAAAUAUUCUUUAAUGUGCUUCAUUGUUUUCUAAAUAAACUGAGUUUGUUGAAUUUUUUAAAAAUAUGCUGAUGUCGCCUAAUUUCAAGGAUAUGCCAAUAAGAGGUAGAAGAAAUGUGCAUAGUGAACCGGAAAGUCCAAAGUUAGAUAAAACUGCUUUACCUGAUACAUGCUCCAGUGAAGAUGAUUCUGACGAUGAAACAAGAUCGGUUGACACAGAAUAUUCAGACAACUUUGAGUCCACACAAAAUAUAUCUAAUACGUUUGAAACAUCGCGAAAAAAAUUACAUGGUUCUCUAAAUGAGCGAUCUAACUAUAUAAAACAUACUGAAUGUUAUGACAAAAAAUCCUCAGAAUCACAUUUUGGUCGCUAUACAAAGAGCUUGAUUGUUGUAAUUGCUGUAAUAGGUUUAUCGAUGUACUUUUUUGUAAUAUUAAAAGCACAGCAACCAACAAAUAAAAGUUGUUCCUUUAAUGAGCUUCGUCAAAAGUAUCCAACUCAGCAAGAAAAGAUUUGGCGAAGACUUGAAGUUGGUAUCGAAAAUAUACUAAAUAAACGAGUUGAAAGUCCAGCCGUAUAUUUAUUCGUACAUAAAGUCCAAGGCAUUGAAGAAAUAAUCACAGAAAUUGCUAAACGUUUCUCUUUUUGUUUUGGAGAUGAUAUGAAGCCAGUGGAAAUAGAAAGUAAAGAUUUUACCUCACAAGAAGCGGAGUUCGACUAUGGAUACGCAAUUGAAAAGUACAAAAGUAAAAUAAAAGAAGGGAAAGUUAUUCUUAUUGCAAAUCUUAAUGAAAUUCCAGCCGGUGCUGCACGAGCGCUCCACACUAUAUGCGAUACUAUUAGUCCAAUUGCUAAUGAAGUUAUUAUCAUUUUAAAACUUGCUGUUCCUGAUUUAGAAGGGCACGCUGUGCAAAGUGCAAGGAACACUCUUGAAAAUCUAUGGGGUUCAAAAUUGAAAAAUAAUGAGUUAGAUGCAUUAAUAACACGUGUUACGGAAGAUGUUAUUGCGUUACGUAGCUGAGAACUAUUCUAAAAUGAAUGAAAUUAAUUUUUGUUAUACACUACAAAAAUCUGGAAUUGCAGUACCUCGGAAAAAUCAAAACUAUUUUCAAUUAACUGCUCAGACUUCUUUAUCAUAUAGGCAUUUUUAUCUGUUAUUCUAUUAUCACGAAUAAUACAUAAACAUUAUUAAUAUUAUUACAUUUUCCAUUGUUUUGUAAGAUUAUCUAUUAAGGCGUGCAAAUCUUAUGUAUAUUUAUUAUAAAUAAUGUAGGAUAAAAUUAGUUAAGGAAUCUCUUAAAUUACUUUACUAUUUAAAAUGCAUUUACCGCUAAUUUCUAAUAUUAAGAAAUAUAUAUAAU